CCACAACUGAGAGGGAAGGCUAUACAUGUGUGUGGUCAUAGUCCUUUGGGGACACAAGGCAACUGCAGAGAAGCCAAUAGGGAGUUAGGCUCUGCUAAUAGACAAACUGGUUGCAUGUGAUUUGCAAUCACCUGAUACAAAAAUACUAUGGUUCCAGCACAGUAGCUUAAUGAGUUAACAGGAUAAGUGGAAUACACUGCAUUAAUUCUGUUAACAGAGUGAGGGUUGUAGCUGAAGGACUGCCACUAAUAAGGUUUGGAUUUUCAAAGUAGUGCCCGGGAUUAUAGUCAUAAUUCUGUCAGUGACAGUCAUGGAGCUCAGAUCUCCAUUUGCUCCUCCCACAGCUUACCCCUUACAUUGCACUGCACCCCAUGUACCCAAGAGGUAGUAGAAGUUAAGUGACAGAGGAAAAAAAAGUACUUAUUCACUCUGUUUAAUUAGUCAAGUUUUCUUCCUAAACCAAUUCCAGUCAGCACUGGGAGAAAAUGGGAAUAUUCACACAGAUCUACUAAGCACAAUUCCCAUUAUGGAGAGGAUGGUAAAAUGUGAAGCAUGGAUGUGGGACAGUGCCUCAUAUUCAUUUACUGUGGAAAGAUACUUCGCACUUAGGAGGUUGUCCUAAUAUUUAGUGAAAUCAAGAUGGUAACAAUAAAAGCCAACAGAGCUAUGUUAUGGGAAUUGAUUUUUCAAGAAAAUCUUCUUAUCACUUGUGCCAUGUACACACUCAUAUUUUGAAUAAUAGCUCAAAGCUGAUUUAAACUGACAUCAGGAAAGCAGUUCAGAUUGGAAACUGGUACUCUGCUCCAGUGUCUCUCUGGGGAAUUCUGGACCCAUCUUAUGUCUCAGGUGAACUGAAAAAUGCAAACAGAUGAAAGAAGGCAGAACAAAGCACCAGCUUCCUCUUUUCCUUAUGACCACUGAAUUCGGGCCAUUACUCUUGCUUAUUUUAUUUUAAAUCUGAAGGCAAAUUUGGUGCUCUUGAAAAGUGGAGAGCAGAGAACUGGAGCUUGAGGCAAGGAGAGGACAAGCAAUUACUGAUUUUUAAAAGCAUCACCAAUGAAGAUUCAAUCCAGGGACAGGGAAAUCGGAGGCUGAUAAGUUUUUCACUGUCAGAUUUCCAGGCUUUUGGUCUGAAGAAAGGAAUGUUUUUCAAUCCAGAUCCUUAUCUGAAGAUUUCCAUCCAGCCUGGGAAACACAGCAUCUUCCCAGCACUUCCUCAUCAUGGACAGGAGAAAAGGUCUAAGAUCAUGUGUAAUACAGUUAACCCAAUCUGGCAAGGAGAGCAAUUCAGCUUUGUCUCACUGCCCACGGAUGUCCUGGAAAUAGAAGUUAAAGACAAAUUUGCAAAGAGCCGACCAAUCAUCAAGCGUUUCCUGGGAAAACUCUCUAUGCCAGUUCAGCGUCUCUUGGAAAGACAUGCCAUAGGGGACAGGGUUGUAAGCUACACUCUUGGUCGCAGGCUUCCUACAGAUCAUGUCAGUGGCCAGCUGCAGUUCCGAUUUGAGAUAACUUCUUCCAUUCAUCAAGAUGAUGAAGAGGUCACCAUUAGUGCAGAUCCUGAGCCAGCUGACCUCCAGGAAAGCCCUGUGAACAACCCCACAGAGGAAAGCCUCGGUGAGCCUCCAUGCAUCAACACAGUGACCUCAGAAAAUACAGUUCCUGAAGAGCUAAAUGGAUACAGUGUGAACAAUAUUGAUAGCCCAGGGGCUGUCAAACCACCCAGGGAAGUCAACCAGAACAACAUAAAUGAAGAGCUAGCAGGAGAUGAGGAGGUUGAUGCCAUGCCAGUUCCUGAACCCUUGGAAUCCAUCCGAGGAGAAGUGCUGCCUUCUUUGAAUGCGACAGACCUCACAGAGCAGCUGGGUCUGCUGGCUUGCUUGUCUCCUUCUGAGACUGAAGUUAGGGAAAAUAGCAAAGUCAAUUCUGGUACUCAGGGAGAUGAUGGAGUAUUGAACAGUACAGAAACUUUAGAUGUUAGUGAGGUGAGUGCAGAUGUAUAUGCUGACAAAGACCUAGAGAAGAGUCAUGAAGAAGAAGGGGCUUCAGCCCGAGGGGAGGAAGACAGCAAGCUACAGCUGAGGACCACAGCAAAGAGGAAAACAAGGCCAUGCUCCCUGCCUGUGUCUGAAAUUGAGACCGUUAUAGCUUCAGCUUGUGGUGAGCCAGAGACCCCUCGCACUCACUAUAUACGAAUCCACAACCUGCUCCACAGCCUGCCCUCAGCACAGAUGAGCAGUGAUGGGGAAGAAGAGCAAGAUGCUGGCAAUGGUGGGGAGAAUGAUGAAGAGUCUACAGUCAAGGAAGUGUUGCAGAAGGAGACAGUCAGUGAAAGUGAGACAAUGGCAGCAGAGCCUCCUCCAGAAAAUGAGGCCGAAGAGAACUUCAGCCAGUGCACAGUGCCUCCUGGGACCUUAGACGAGCAACUCUCUGACUUAAAUGAUGGACUGGUGGAUGGGGAAAACCCUAGGACAGGAAGCGAAAGCGAGUCAAGCUCCAGACCCAAUGGUGACAACGAAUGUGAGGCGUGCGACACCUCUUGCUACAGCCCCUCCUGCUAUAGUACCUCCUGCUACAGUACUUCCUGUUACAGCACCUCUUGCUACAGCACCUCCUGCUAUGACAGUAACAAUCGCUUCUCCAGCCAUACCCGCUUCUCCUCUGUUGACAGUGCAAAGAUUUCUGAGAGCACGGUCUUUUCCUCACAGGAUGAGGAGGAGGAGAAUAGUGCUUUUGAAUCGGUGCCAGACUCAGUACAGAGCCCUGAGCUGGACAGGGAGCAAGUGGAUGGCUCCUCCCAGUGGCCAGAUGAACUAGUAGCUCAUGGUGGGAAUCCACAACUAGCCGCAGAAAGUCUAGACACCCCAAUAGCAGGUCCAAGCAGCAGAAGAGAAGGUGAUUGUCCUUUACUCCAUAAUUCUCAGCCAGUCAGCCAACUUCCUUCUCUGAGGCCUGACCAUCAUCACUACCCAACUAUCGAUGAGCCUCUUCCACCAACUGCAACAUCCUUGAGAAACCUUACCCAGUUGGAUAACCAGAGAGCCCUCCCUUUAAAAUUAUGUGAUGUUCACAGAGAGACUGUAUAUUGGGAAGCUCGGAUAGACAGCCACGGGAGGGUGUUCUACGUUGACCAUGUCAACCGAACUACCACAUGGCAGCGCCCCACAGCUGCAGCAACACCAGAUGGGAUCCACAGGUCUGGCUCUAUCCAGCAAAUGGAGCAGCUGAACCGGCGAUAUCAAAAUAUCCAGCGAACUAUUGCAACAGAGCGGACUGAAGAUGAUGGUGUAGUAAACAACAGAGUGGAGAGAAUUCCCACUGGAGGAGGAAGUGACUCUGAGGCAGAGCCUUCCCAACCAAGCUCCGAAAUUAGGAGGGAAGGUUCCCUUUCUCCUGUGAAUUCUCAAAAAAUCACCUUAUUGCUGCAGUCUCCAGCUGUGAAGUUUAUCACCAAUCCUGAGUUCUUCACUGUGCUGCAUGCAAACUAUAGUGCCUAUCGAGUCUUCACUAACAGUACCUGCUUGAAGCAUAUGAUCCUGAAGAUCCGUAGAGAUGCUCGUAAUUUUGAGCGCUAUCAGCACAACAGAGACCUUGUAAAUUUUAUCAACAUGUUUGCUGACACUCGACUAGAGCUUCCUCGUGGCUGGGAAAUAAAAACUGACCAGCAGGGCAAGUCUUUCUUCGUUGACCACAACAGUCGUGCUACCACAUUCAUAGAUCCCAGGAUCCCACUGCAGAAUGGUCGUCUCCCCAAUCACUUGACUCACAGGCAACAUCUUCAGCGGCUUCGUAGCUACAGUGCUGGAGAGGCUUCUGAAGUCUCUCGGAACAGAGGAGUUACUCUGUUGGCCAGACCAGGCAAUAGUCUUGUAACAGCUAUUCGAAACCAGCAUCAUUAUGAGACAUUACCUCUGGCUUACAAUGACAAGAUUGUUGCAUUUCUACGCCAACCUAACAUUUUUGAGAUGCUGCAAGAGCGUCAGCCCAGUUUGGCCAGAAACCAUGCACUCAGGGAGAAGAUCCAUUAUAUUCGGACAGAGGGUACACAUGGGCUUGAAAAGUUGUCCUGUGAUGCAGAUUUAGUAAUUCUGCUGAGCCUUUUUGAAGAAGAUAUCAUGUCCUACAUACCACUCCAGGCCACUUUCCAUCCUGGUUACAGUUUCUCUCCUCGCUGCUCACCCUGCUCAUCUCCCCAAAAUUCUCCAGGACUGCAGCGAGCAAGUGCAAGAGCACCCUCUCCAUACAGGAGAGAUUUUGAAGCCAAACUACGCAAUUUCUAUCGAAAACUUGAAGCCAAAGGAUAUGGACAAGGUCCAGGUAAAAUUAAGUUAAUUAUACGACGUGACCACUUACUGGAAGGCACCUUCAACCAGGUGAUGGCAUAUUCACGCAAGGAGCUCCAGCGAAACAAACUCUACAUCACAUUUGUUGGCGAGGAAGGGCUGGACUACAGUGGCCCCUCUCGAGAAUUCUUUUUCCUUCUGUCUCAGGAGCUCUUCAAUCCAUAUUACGGGCUGUUUGAGUAUUCAGCCAAUGACACUUACACUGUACAGAUUAGCCCCAUGUCUGCCUUUGUUGAAAAUCACCUGGAAUGGUUCAGGUUCAGUGGUCGUAUUCUUGGCCUUGCUCUCAUUCAUCAGUACCUUCUUGAUGCUUUCUUCACAAGGCCGUUCUACAAAGCACUAUUAAGGCUGCCAUGUGAUCUAAGUGACUUAGAGUACCUGGAUGAAGAAUUCCAUCAGAGCUUGCAGUGGAUGAAAGAUAACAACAUCACAGAUAUCCUGGAUCUCACCUUCACAGUGAAUGAGGAGGUGUUUGGACAGGUGACAGAGAGAGAGUUGAAAUCUGGAGGGGCAAAUACAGCAGUGACAGAAAAGAACAAAAAAGAGUACAUUGAGAGAAUGGUUAAAUGGCGAGUGGAACGAGGAGUUGUUCAACAAACAGAGGCCCUGGUCCGUGGCUUCUAUGAAGUUGUAGACUCAAGGCUUGUCUCUGUUUUUGAUGCCAGAGAACUGGAGCUGGUUAUAGCUGGCACUGCAGAAAUAGAUCUCAAUGACUGGCGUAACAACACGGAAUAUCGUGGAGGUUACCACGAUGGACACAUUGUAAUACGGUGGUUCUGGGCAGCAGUGGAGAGGUUUAACAAUGAACAGAGACUCCGGUUGUUGCAGUUUGUUACUGGAACAUCAAGUGUGCCAUAUGAGGGCUUUGCAGCUCUCCGAGGAAGCAAUGGGCUUCGGCGUUUCUGUAUAGAGAAAUGGGGGAAAAUAACCUCCCUUCCGAGGGCACAUACAUGUUUCAACCGCUUGGAUCUUCCACCUUACCCCUCAUAUUCUAUGCUGUAUGAAAAGCUGUUGACAGCUGUUGAAGAAACUAGUACCUUUGGACUUGAAUGAGGGAGUUCAGGCAAUUCUGGUGUUUUUCUGGCUAUUGAUGUCAUCUUUCCAACAUCAUUUAAUAUUGGUUUCCCAUGUUUUUAUUUUUGAAAAUAAAACAGAAAAGAAUCAAGAUUGACAAAGGCUGUGCAUGAAGAACUGCCACCCUCCAAGAUCCAACCUUCAUGCUUUCAUCCUGUUUCCUAUGGACUGCUAGUCUGUAUGCAAUAGAAAAACAACUGUCUCAAGGUUUCUGUAUAUCUCUACAUACCUCCAUUAAUAACAAUGAAAAUACAAAUGCAAGUUACACUACACUUGAUCAAAUGUUAGCAAAUGUUUACUUCCACCUACACUGAUUAAAAAAUAAUAAUAAAAAAAAAAAUUAAAAAAAUCAAGCAUUCCAAGGUUUUAUAUACUAACAUUUUCUAAAUCAAUUUGCAGACCAUCUUACUUAACAGUGGAAUACAGUACUAGGAGCUGCUCAAACAUAAUUCUUCAUUCAUUCUUGUUUUCUCUGUACAUAUUGUCCAUCUCAGAGACACUAAUGAACAAAACUGAAAUUUUUAUAUACGAAUUCACAUCAGUUGCAUCAGCUGGAAGUGGCCCAGAUUCAUGGUGCUGAUAAGACCUUCAAAAACUUAAAAAACAACCUGUAGUGCAAUGCAAAUCAUAACAGCGAUUGCUACAAUUGUUCCUUGACAGUGCAGGAGAGAACUUGCACUUCAGAUAUAUUGGGAUGGGCAUCUCUAUUUUAAUGUUUACCACACAAGAAGCACAAGUUUGUGCACACUAAAGAAUAUCUUCUUAUGCAGCAUAAAGACCAGGCUCCCUUACCUUAGUAUUGUAUGCAGCAAGGAAAAGGGGAAAUAAGAUGAAUGUUCUACUUUUGUGAAUACCCUUGGAUUCUGUUUACCUGAUCUUUGUUCUCUGAUGUUUAAAAUGCUCCUUUCCCCCAAAUGGGAAGUACAGACAAUUUCAUCCCCUGUGUCAGAAGCCAUUUACUGUCUGUCAGACUGGGCCAAUCUAUGGUUGCUGGGGACAGGUUUUGGUUUUGCCAUUUUUCUUUUCUUGUUCAGUGCAAAUCUCCAUAACCUUGAGAGUAGUUAUAGACAGAAAGUUUUAGUCUAGGAUCUAUUGAAUGAGAAGCUGCAGUGAAUGGUGGUGCUUGUCAAGGAUGAAGGGUACUGUAACUCUUUUAUGGUUAAAAUUCUGUUGUAGUUCCUCUUUGAGUCAGCCCAAAGGCCCUCCAGCUAUGUUAAGUAUGACCAAACUUAAGAGCAAUCUCUUAUUAUUUCAGACAGAACCCACUUCAAAUUGGUGUACUUUGCAUUCCAACUCUGAAAGCAGGGAAGAAAAGGAAAACAGCAGUAGGCUUGUUUUUGGAAGGACUUUCCUGAGGCUAUUACAGGCAACAUCACUGUUCUGCUGUGUUCUACUUAAUAAUAUUUGCUGCCCUUGUUUUCCAAGACUGAUCUCAAAUUGAAAGUGUUUCUCUUAACUGGGAAAAGAAAAUAAAUAUCAUUACUUCUGAUGCUAAACAUGUGAAAGGAUGCGUGAAAUAGGAAGUGAGAGACUUGUGAAUGGUGAGUGAAGGUAAGUAAGAAGGUUACCUCAUAGUAUCUAGCAGUUCACAUGAAAUACCAUACUUCCUUGGGGGCUUGUUACAGUUGUGUACUAGCUGUGCUUCAGAAUGAUUAAAAUCAGAUUACUUCAAUGUCUGAAACAUCUUAUUUCCAGUUUUAUCUCCAGAUAAAAGAGCUGAACUCUGCUUUCUCACAUAGCUGAAUGGUGGCUACACAAACUCAUCACACUUGAAAAACUGCAUUCUUACUUUUGUACCAUUCUGCUUUGAUUCUUAGGUUAGUAGACAGCUGAAAGGUGAGGGAACCCAAAGUAUGUUCCUAGACAGUAGGUUUUAUUAGUGAUAUAGAAAAUACUUGGGAUACUUAUGUUGCUCCAUUCAUUCUAUUUCUGUAAAAUUUCAGCCUCUUUUAUAGUAAUUUAUUGCAUGGCUUUUACUGAGAGUGUAUUUUAAAAUACACUUUAUUCAUAUUGUGUACAGUUGUUAGGGAUGCCUUAACUACAUGUCACCUUUCUUAUACCAGACACCAGAAAUUAUGCCUGUUAUUUCCACAAAACUCGAGCAUCUACUGCACAUACCCAGCCCCACAGCAGAGUAAAGGUGGAAUCUUUUUUCUGAGACCAUCUGUCACAUGCACAUGAACUACAUAAGGGUGAGCCAAAGCAUAAAAAAACAAACAAAAUCUUCCAGUGCACAUUACUUCUGCCUCUUUGCCAGUGGGCUCUAAAAUUCAGUGAGUUCCUGAUAUAUUCCUAUUCAUACUAAUGUAAUAAAGUUAUCUGUACUUUGUCAAACGUUGAGUGUCUUCCAGCAAUAGAAGAAAAGGCAGAUAAGUAUCCAGUUGGUUUGGCAAAAGAGAACAGUACAUGAAGAGCUGUCUCAAUGACAUAGUAAAAGAAGUAAAAAAAAAAAUUCUUUACAAUGCUGUAUAGUUAAUUUUUUUUAUGUAUUUAAAACUCUAUUUUAUUACGAAAAAGUGAAACUAUUUUUUGUAGCGUAAUAAAAGAUAUUUGUAUUUCAGAGGCAGCAUCAAAACCCAAUGACUGAAAAAACAAAAGCUUUCUCCUGAAAUUCUUCUUCACAGCAUAUUCUGGCCCUCACCACAUACGGAGAUCUAAAUGAGGUGCCAUGCAUCUCCAGGUUUGAUAAAUGCCAUCUCAAGCAGCUUGUGUGUUCCUGCUCUAGAAAAUAUAUAGCAUAUCCUGCUACUUCCCAUCAAAAUCUUUAGUCCAAGCUAGCUUUCAAGUGCACAAGCUAGGAGUAUUUUUAAAAGUUUUUAUUCGUAGGUGUUUGUGAUGACAUCAAAGUAACAAGAUCAUGCAAAUUUUGUUGCAGGAUUUUGUUUGUUUGUUUGUUUGGGUUUUUUGUUGUUGUUUUUUUUUUGUUGUUAGUUUUUGUUUGUUUGUUUUAGUCUAAAGUCAGGAAUAGAGAAAAGCAAAUGUUUUCAUAAAGAUAAAGAAAACACCAUGCUACUCUUGCUUUUUAUUCACAUCCCAUCUCUAUCCCUCUAUUUUGCCAAAUGCCCUAUCCCCAUAUGUUUUCAAAUGCUGAUAUCAUCUCUGGGUAUCCAGAUCUGCACUUCACAGGUGCAUUUUUCCAUUCAUACCACAGCCUGAAUCUGGACCCAAUCUGAAGUGAAGGGGAAGCCAUUCACCUUGGUGUCCCGGUAUGUUGGAGUGAGAGGGAGAGAAUGGUGCUAACAAGUGAGGGGAAGAAACCAUCAUCUCCUUUGCCCUGUUACUAAACCUGUCCAUUACGUAAUAAAUUGAUUUUGCUUUAUUACUUCAAUACAGCCCUCCUUGUUCAUCUUAUGAUGCAAAUGCUAUUAUUAGUAUCUGUGCUCUCUUCCUAGGUCUGCAUUUUCAUUUGUAAAAUAUGACUCCAAAUUACAGAAUUUCUGGUUUCAGUUUCUCAUAGGAAAGACUUUCAAAUUUUGCAUCAUGCAGACUUACACGAAAUACACGAGCAAUGAACAUUUAAAAAAUCUGUUCAGCUCCUUCACUUUAGUUCACUUUGCACAUGGUGUUGGCUAGAUUAAGAUAUGACAUGAACAUCAGCAGAUUUUAAAUUGCAAAUUAAAAGUGGAAUAGGCAAUCUGACAGCUUUCUUGAAAUGCAGUCUCUGACAGGAGGAACAGAUGAUGGUAAUUUGCACAUUUGGAUUCAGAGGGUUUAGUUUUCUCAAAGUGAUCGUUGUGAUGGUAUUGUAGAAGGAAGAAGCACAGAACUGCUGUUGAUGAAAUCCUGGUGCUAUAGCAGUUUUAUGCUGAAGAUAAUAGAAUGAAAAUAAGUAUUUGAAGGUCCUGCGCCUUGAAGAAGUCACACUGACUAUUCAAGCACAUAAGCUAUGUAGAAUUUGAUCCAGUACAAUCACAGCUGUACCUUACUGUUGUCUGCAUCAGGUCUAAACUUUACAAAUGUCAUUUCAGUCUGCAGUACAUUCUGUGAGCAUCCAGUCUCAAUCAUGUGGCUGUGCAUAUUUGGAACUUGAUUUUAUGUUCUAGGGAGUUAUAUGGCUAUGACAAAGCAAGGAGUCCAAAUUACCCUAACAUCUAAUGGAGAAAUCAUGAGUUUUGUACAGUCUGACACAGGACUUUUUUCACCGAGUUUGCUCAAGUGCCCAUGAAGUUUUUAGCGAACUGUAGCUAAGGUUUGAGUUGGCAUUCUAGUCUGAGAGACAGUCUGUGGAGGGAGUUGGCUUUGUGCUUUUUAUUCUUGUUUCACAGUAACAAAUAGUUGACAUACCUCUAGCUCAAAAAAGUAGGAUACUGAAUUCUGACAUGGAAAUUGACUAACAAAUAAACUAAAAUAUACACUCACAGCAGAGGAGCUAAACUUGCCCUUUGCUAUUAAUCCUGGGACAGUCUAUGGAAAUCCAGAUGGAUGAAUGCGAUGAGAUUUGUUUAAUUUCUGUUGAAAUAAUAUUUUUUUGCCCUGUCUCUAUGGUAAUAUUAAUAGGGCUUCCCAGUCAAGAUUGAACACUUUCAGUCAAAUGCAGACCAACAGAUCUUUCUAUAAUAAAUGUGGUGCUUUUUCUAUUAUAAUUCUUGCUGUACCUCAAUGUUCAUUAUUAAAAACAAACAAACACAAACAAAAAAACAAAACAAAACAAAACAAAACUGCUGCAAUAUACUAAAUCUGAUAGGAUUUCCAGUCAUCACAAGGUCCAACAGAUUGGAUUGUUACUUUCUCUCUGUUGAGUCAUGUAGUUCCUUUGUUCUAGUAGAAAAACAGAUGCCUGUACAUAGUAGUUACUAGAUAUAGUAUACUAGAUAUAUUGUACCAUUAGCCAAAUUCCCUGCAGCUUCCAAUUUCUCUAAAAAAAAAAAAAAAAAAAAGAUAUGUCUGUUAUGUCUGUUACGAUUUUUGUUAAAGACUAGAUAAAGUCAAUGGCAGGAAAGGUCCUCAUUGUUGGACUGAUUUUGCUUAUAUUGACAGAAAAAUGUCACAUGAUAGGCUGUGCUUUCUAUUCAACCAUAUCACUAUAGAGGAAUGUCAAUAAAAUCACUUUGUUAUGGUA